UUUUUUUUUUACUCUGGUUGAAAAACGGAAAAGGUCAAGACUGGAGGACUAGCUCACGUUUUCCAUAAAAUAACAUUUAAAUCUUUAUUAUGUUUUAGUGUCACAACAGUGAACUCUAUCUGCAGGCGCUGUAAACAUAUUGAACUUUGUCAUUAUGCGACGUGUUUUGACGAGAGUCAUAAACAGAGUUCUGAUGGGCGAUCCCUUCGCUCGGACGAAGAUGGGCGUCAAUGCGGAGGUACACAAGCAGGGCCGCCGAAAGCUGGUGGUGGGGCUGGGGAACCCGGGGAUGGAGGAGACCAGACACAGCGUCGGGAUGGCGGUGCUUGGCGCGCUCGCCGCCCGGCUCGGCGUGUCCGACCGCUGGCGUGGCGACCGCCACGUGUCCGGUGAGGUCAUCCUGUCGGAGGUCCAGGACACCCAAGUGGUUCUGCUCCGUCCCAGGCUGCUGAUGAACAUCAACGGGGUGUGUGUGGCCAAAGCAGCUCGUAAAUACGGCGUCAAACCUGAAGACAUCCUGCUGGUCCACGAUGAACUGGACAAACCUCUGGGGAAAGUUGCCAUCAAGCAUGGAGGCAGCGCCAGAGGUCAUAACGGAGUGCGCUCGUGUGUGGACUGUCUUCAUACUGAUGCCGUGCUCCGGCUCCGGGUCGGGAUCGGACGGCCGUCGGGGGAAACCUCGGUGGAGCGCUACGUUCUGAGCAGGUUCACGUCUGAGGAGCAGAGGAUCCUGGACUCGGUUCUGGUCCGGAGCGUGGACCUCGUCGUCUCCCAGCUCCUUCCCGCAGCGUCCCAUCAGGACCCGCGACCCGCCUCCUCGCCAGCAGGGGGCGGGCGAGCGGCGCCUCACGGGAAACAGAGGGAGCCUUCGCCUGAAGACUAGGCAGCUGCUCAGAGCUGAACUCUGACCUCUGUCAGACACCAGACGGUCUGAGAGGAGACCAGAGGCCAGACGGUUACUGAUGCAGGAACUGAAGAAGCUGCUCGGCUCCUUUACGCUCAUUUUAUCAAAGUGUGAAAAUAAAACAACCAGAGACGCUCGAGUGAGCUAAUAUUUCUGUGAGUUCAGUGCAUCGCAUCUGAGACUGAAACCUUCAAACUGCUGCUACUUUCAGAAAAAUAUAUAUAAUUUUAUUACAGUUAGCUCCACAGGGUGUUCCUGCAAACAAACACAAACAGAAAUGUUUAUAUUUUUGUAAAAAUGCUGACUCAGUUUUUCUGUUUUAUUUGUAUUUUUCUGGACAGUUUCUGCAGUCGAACCACAUCUGCAUUCUUUAUGCUGGUGGGCGGGUGACAUGCAUUCCUUUAAGGAAUUAUAAUUAUUUUAUUUAUACAACCAGGAGUGAAGAAAUCAGCCCGUCCACUUCAGGUCAAACUGGAGUUUUAUUGUUUGGAUUAAAAACGACAACCUGAACUGAUGAUCGAUACUUCAGAAUCAGAAUCAGGAUACACAGACUAGGAAUUUGCUUCGGUGUAAAGGUGCAGUAGGUAUCAAAUAUAACAAAAGAAGAAAAUACAAAGAAUAAAGGAGAAAUAUAAUAAAAUACAGAAUUCAGUAC